AUGUCUACUUUUGGCUACCGGAGAGGACUUAGCAAAUAUGAAUCCAUCGAUGAGGAUGAACUCUUGGCUUCUCUGUCAGCAGAGGAGCUGAAGGAGCUAGAGAGGGAACUGGAAGACAUUGAACCUGAUCGCAGCCUUCCCGUGGGGCUCAGGCAAAAGAGUUUGACCGAGAAAACCCCUACAGGAACAUUCAGCAGAGAAUCACUCAUGGCCUAUUGGGAAAAAGAGUCCCAAAAACUCUUGGAAAAGGAAAGGCUGGGGGAAUGUGGAAAGGUAGAAGAAGACAAAGAGGAAAGCGAGGAAGAGCUUAUCUUUACAGAAAGCAACAGUGAGGUUUCUGAAGAGGUGUACACAGAGGAGGAACAGGAGGAAGAAGAGGAAGAGGAGGAAGAAGAGGAAGAGGAAGAAGAGGACAGUGAUGAAGAGGAAAGCGACACCGAAAACAAGAUAACCGUGAAUGGAACUGCAGUCAACCACUCUGGGCCAAAGACUUUUAAGAGUCAAAUUGAGAACAUCAAUUUAACCAAUGGCCACAGCGGAAGGUCCACAGAGGGGUCGGGGGCAGCCAUCCACCCGUGCGGAAAUCCUACUGUCAUCGAAGAUGCGUUGGAAAGGGUUCGAAACAACGACCCGAACACCACCGAAGUGAACCUGAACAACAUCGAGAACAUCACCUCGCAGACCCUUACCCGCUUUGCAGAGGCCCUCAAGGACAACACGGUGGUGAAAACUCUCAGCCUGGCCAACACUCACGCAGACGAUAGUGUGGCCUUGGCCAUCGCCGACCUGCUGCAGGUCAACCAGCACAUCACCAAUGUCAACGUGGAGUCCAACUUCAUCACCGGCAAAGGCAUCCUGGCCAUCAUGAGGGCGCUGCAGCACAACACCGUGCUCACCGAGCUGCGCUUCCACAACCAAAGGCACAUCAUGGGCAGCCAGGUGGAGAUGGAGAUUGUCAAGCUGUUGCGGGACAACACCACGCUGCUGCGGCUGGGCUACCACUUCGAGCUCCCUGGACCAAGGAUGAGCAUGACCAGCCUCCUGACCCGAAAUAUGGAUAAGCAGAGGCAGAAGCGCAUGCAGGAGCAAAAGCAGCAAGAGGGACAUGAAGGCGGAGCCCAGCUGAGGACCAAAGUCUGGCAAAGAGGCACCCCGGGCUCUUCGCCCUGUGCAUCUCCCAAGCAUUCGCCCUGGUCAUCCCCCAAAGUCUCCAAAAAAGUGCUCACCGUGAAGAGCCGACCCCUUUCUCCCGUGGUCCCGCCGCCACCACCACCUCCUCCUCCUCCCCCUCCCCAGAAAUUGCCACCACCCCCUCCCCCGCCACCCCCCCCACUGCCAGAGAAAAAACUUAUUACCAGGAACAUUGCAGAAGUCAUCAAACAGCAGGAAACGGCCCAACGGGCCUUGCAAAACGGACAGAAAAAGAAAAAGGGCAAAAAGGUUAAGAAACAGCCCAACACAGUCCUAAAGGAGAUAAAGAAUUCCCUGAGGUCAGUGCAAGAGAAGAAAGGGGAAGACAGCUCUCGACCUUCCACGCCCCAGAGAUCAGUUCAUGAGAAUCUCAUGGAAGCCAUUCGGGGAAGCAGCCUGAGACAGCUGAGGAGGGUGGAAGUUCCAGAAGCCCUGCGAUAG